CGCGCUCAACAGCCGCUAUCCAACCCAUCCAACCUGUGAGCUUCUCUCAUAUAAGAACCGGGGGACUGCUUGCCACUUUCACUCUCCUCACCCAACAAGCCUUCCAAGCAAUCAAGCGACCCUGUAGAUAUACCAAAACCCGAACGACCUUUUCCCUGCAAAAACCAUCAACACCUUGUUCAUAGAACCGUUUCUCCAGUUACCCGCCAACACAUCAAACCGUUACAUCGCAUCCUCCCAAAACCUUACCAUGCAAUCAGUUAUCGCCAUCCUCGCGAGCUCGAUCUUGAUGCUGUUGAUUAGUGGACCAAUGCAUGCAGCCGCCAAGAAUAUGAUUUGUCCCAAUCGCGACAACAGCAAUGGUUACUGCGUCCAGAUGGAUACAGGAGCCCCUAUCAUCCCCAAAAUCCGAAAUAUUCCAGGCGGAAUGUUCCCGACAUUUACCUGCGCCUCGGACUAUCUCGCGCUAUGUUGUCCAAGCAUACCUGUCAAAGACCUCAAGCAGUGCAAGUUCGCCUCAAGCUGGGAAUAACACUUCAGUUCUAUGAUCAUGUUUAUUUUCCAUCCCAACCUUAACUGCCAUGUCUAAACCUGAUAGUG